AUGUCAAAUUAUAAAUGUAUUAAAAUAUGUGAUAAAUCAUCAAUAAAACUUAUAUUANGGAGAAGAAAUGGAAGAAUUGGAAACAAGCGGCUGAGUUGUGCAAGCAGAGCAAUUUCAAAGCUCUGUAAAUUGGGGGUUUUGCUGAAACAGAGUGCUAAAGGACUGUGUUCUGGGAAAUCCAAUUCGGGUUACAUUCGGGUCGGGCAAGAACCGAUUGAUCUGAAGCAGGUGAGUGUACCGAAGGGACACUUAGCUGUAUACGUGGGUGAGAAGGAAGACGACACGUGUAGAAUUGUGGUGCCUGUGAUAUAUUUUAAUCAUCCUCUGUUUGCUGAAUUGUUGAGGGAGGCAGAGAUGGUUUAUGGGUAUAAAUAUCCGGGUCGGAUCCAAAUACCAUGCCGGAUAUCCGAAUUCGAGAACGUUAAAUCAAGAAUCGCCGCCACGGGUGGUGGAGAGCUGAGGUGGAGGCAGAGUUACUGAUGAGUUGUGGCUGAGUCAACAUUGGAGAAAAUUUUAAUGUGCAAAUAGCAUAACCCUCCAUCACAGGCCUUGUGUUGGGGAGGUUUAGUUUAUGUUAGUUUUUUUUUUUU